AUGAGGGAUAACUCAGUGCCAGAGAAAGAAAGAAAGAAAACAGGCAACUACGUCUACAGGAGGGAUGGGCCUGUUGGUGGCAGAACCAUCGCCGCGCUCCUCUACCCCGCGGUCGCGGCCGCGAUCGCCGCCGUCGCGGCGCUCGCGCUGUCAAGCGGAGAGGACGGGGACGAGGCGGCUGGGCCCGAGCACAAGGCAGCGGCGUUGCCGCGGCGGUGCAGCACGACACGUCUGCCGCCGGCACUGCCCCUGGACGAGGAGGAGGCGUCUCUGCUGCUGCGUGGGUGGAUACCGGGCUACGACGGCGCUCGCGCGCAAACGUUGACGCGCGCAAACGCCUGGGUAACUGCCGUCGACACUGACCGCGGCCGGCUCAAGGUGUCAACGGCGCAGCACGGGCCGUUCCUUCUCUUCCGGGUCGAGGCGGAGGCAGAGGACAGCGAGGCAGCAGCGCUGGUCUCGCUCUUCCGCGAGGUGGACCUCCUCCCGCAGUGGAACCGCGGCGUCCGCUCCGCCGAGCUCGAGGAGCUGCGCCGUCCGAGCGAGAUGGUUGCUCACGCGCUCGUCUCCUUCCCGUCGAUCAUGUGGAUCCCUCUCCCGGCCUGCGUCGUCCGGCUGCACGCGCGGCUGCACGCCGUGCAGGGGCGGGGCGGCACCGGCGACGGCACGCCUCCCUCACUGCUGCUCAUCGCAACCUCGGCCGGCGCAGGCGCAAGGAGCGCCGUGCCCGCCUCCCUCGCCGCCCUGCUCGAGGCGCACGACGAGCUGCCUGCGCACGACGAGCUGCCCGUCCGCUGCGCGGCGGCCCGGCUCUCUCCGCUCGCUCGGGGCGGCACGCGGGGCGGCACGCGCGUCGACGCCGUCGCCGCCCUCGACUUGCGCGUACUCAGCGGCAGCGAGAGCGAGGACAUCGCGCUGCCCGCCUGGCUUCUCGGCCAGCUGCUGCGCGUGGUCGAGCCAUGGGCGUGGCGGCCGGCCAAGGCGCUGCUCGCUGCGCUGCGGUCGCCGCCGCAGCGCGGGGAGCCCUCCGCCGCCGGGCCGCUGCGGAGGCGGGCUGGAGGAGGGGAGCGCAAGGGUGAAGGGCUUCGGGGGGCUGCCUCCCACCCGCCACUCGCCGAGCGGCACCGCUCCCUCUCGGCAGCGCCGGAGUGGACGGCGACGCGGAGGCGGUCGGGCGGCGGAGAAGAGUGGCUGUUUGAGGCACUGUGA